UUAAGCUGACAGCUGCCCAUUGACGAUAGAUGCACCUGUUUGCAGAAGUUCUAAGAUUCCUUUACUCGGCUUAUGUGAUUUACUGAAGAGUCUGAUUUUAGUUUCCUCAUGAAUUAUCUUCCACCUCUGGAAAGGUAGAGGUGUGAACUGACUCAACAUGAGUGGCCUCGGGAACAGUUCAACAGACCCGGCAAACCCAGAUUCCCAGAAGAGGAAGGGGUCUCCGUGUAACACCCUAGCCCAGAGCAAUGAGAAACGGCGCAGGGAGCAAGAGAACAAAUACUUGGAAGAGCUGGCAGAGCUGCUCUCAGCCAAUAUCGGAGAGAUCGACAGCCUAAGCGUCAAACCUGACAAAUGCAAGAUUCUGAAGAAAACGGUUGACCAGAUUCAGCAGAUGAAGAGGCUUGAACAAGAGAAAACAGCUGAUGAUGAUGUGCAGAAGUCGGAUAUCUCGUCCAGCAGCCAAGGAGUGAUCGAAAAGGAAUCUCUGGGGCCGCUUCUCCUGGAGGCGCUCGAUGGCUUCUUCUUCGUUGUGAACCGCGAAGGGCGGAUCGUGUUUGUGUCCGAGAACGUGACCGGCUACUUGGGCUAUAACCAGGAGGAGCUCAUGAACACCAGCGUCUACAGCAUCUUGCACGUGGGAGACCACGCUGAGUUUGUCAAGAACUUGCUGCCCAAGUCGCUUGUGAACGGCGUCCCUUGGCCUCAAGAGUCCACCCGGCGCAACAGCCACACCUUCAACUGCAGGAUGCUGAUCCGGCCCCCGGACGAGCCGGCGGCAGAGAACCAGGAGGCCCGGCAGCGUUACGAGGUCAUGCAGUGCUUCACCGUAUCCCAGCCAAAACUGAUCAAGGAGGAAGGCGAAGACUUGCAGUCCUGUCUGAUAUGCAUCGCACGAAGAUUACCUCGAUCCACACCUCCUGCUACAUCAGAAUCCUUCAUGACCAAGCAGGAUACUACAGGUAAAAUCAUCUCCAUCGACACCAGUUCGCUGAGAGCGGCAGGCCGGACCGGCUGGGAGGAUUUAGUGAGGAAAUGCAUCUACGCUUUCUUCCAGCCUCAGGGCAGGGAGCCAUCUUACGCCAAGCAGCUAUUUCAGGAAGUGAUGACACGGGGCACAGCCUUCAGCCCAUCUUACCGGUUCACACUGAGCGAUGGGACUGUCCUGAGUGCACAUACCAAGUGCAGACUUUGCUGCCCUCAAGGCCCGGAAAUGCAGCCUUUCAUCAUGGGCAUCCACAUAAUUGAGAGAGAACACGGCACGCUGUCACCUCAAGAAAACACUAACUCCGGGAUGCCUCUUCCCCGCGUCAGCCCCUCGCUGAACCCCAACAUCUCCCCCGGACAAGGCAUGGCUCUGCCCUCCCCUCUCCCUCCUGCCAACGGUAGCAUGCUAACUGCCAGCGCAGCAGGCCACCCGCCGGGAUCCAGCCUGCAUGGCGGUGGCAACGGCAGCAGCAGCAACACUGCCCCCAGCCAAGCCACUUUCGGGUGUUCGCCUGGGAGCCAGAUGGGAACGAACGUUGCCUUAAGCCAGGGCCAGGCCGGUCCCCAGAACAGUAGCCAUGCCAUGAGCCACAACAGCUCCCCGAUGGGCAGCCCCGGGGUCACCCCACCGCAGUUCAUGUCCCCCAGGCAUCGGGUGAGCCCCGGGCUGGUCCACCGGCCCAGAGUGCCAAGCAACCCUUUCUCUCCCCCCAUGCCCGCCACGCACUCCCCAGUGGGCAUGGUGAGCGGCUGUGGCUCCAGUGGCUCCCUCGGCAACAGGCCGUACCCAAGCACCCCGCUGAACUCCAUGCAGGGACUGGCCGAAGGGCCCAGCCCCCCGGUGGGCUACUCCACACCCUCCCCUGUCCUGCGGCAGCCCAGCAACCAGAACUCGCCCAGCCGGAUGAGCCUGCCGCCCGUGAAAACGGAGCCCAAGGACAGCAAGGAGAUCGCCUCCAUCCUGUGCGACAUGAUCCACUCUGACGGCGGCCCGGGCAGCGCCAAGCCUGUGGAGACGGGCUUGCUGCACAGCGGCGACCGGCUCUCCGAGGGCGACCACAAGGGCCUGCAGGCUACCAGCCACAAGCUGGUCCAGCUCCUGGCCACCACGGCCCAGGAGCAGCUGCGGCACGCCGACGUGGACACCAGCUGCAAGGAACCCUUGUCCUGCACAGGCUCCUCCGGGACCCCUGCCUCUGGGAACCCGGUGGGCAGUGCCUGCCCGUCCUCCCACAGCUCCCUGACGGAGCGGCACAAGAUUCUGCACCGGCUCCUCCAGGAGGGCAGCCCUUCGGACAUGGGCAGCCUGGCCGCCAUGGAGCAGGAGAAGAAGGACAGCGGAGGGCCUGGCGCAGCGGCCCCUGCCCUGCAGAGCCAGGCCCCAGGGGCUCCGGAUGCCCGGCUGGAGGCCGAUGCCGCAAAGAAGAAGGAAUCGAAGGACAACCAGCUCCUUCGCUACCUGCUGGACAAGGACGAGAAAGAGCUGGCGUCUAACCCCACCUUGAGCCUGGACGACGUCAAGGUGAAGGAGAACCCGGAGCAGCUGGAGCCUUGCGGCGUCGCUCAGUCCCUGCUCGCGAAGCCCCCCGCGCCAGAGGAGGGAAAGCUGCAGCCGCAGAGCCAGUUUGCGUCGGACCUUGACCAGAUUCUGCCGUCGCUGGAGAAAGCUCAGCUGCCACCAGGACUGUGCGGGUCGGAGGCUGCCGAAAGUGGCGGCAUUGCCAUCAAGUCAGAGAUCCUGACCCCCUCCCUCCAGCCUGGCACCGCCGCAAGAACUCCCACCGGGAUGAGCUCUGUCAACGGUGGGCAGGGAAUGCAGGCCGGCCGGUCCCCCUUCGAAUUCUGCGACCCGCUGGAGCCGGUUCAGCUCAGGACGGCGCCUUUCUCCGCAACCAACGGCAGCAGCCCUCACCCUGGUUUGCCUUCCGAGCAAGGCAGGGGGGCGGUACCUGGACCAAGCCCCUUCCAGCCUGACACAGGAUUGCCUGAGCUGGAACUGGGAGUCACAGAUCAUCAGUUUGGUCAGCCAACAAUCGGGGAGCAGAUCCCGUGGGCGGACAACCCCAUGACCUCCAUUAAUCGGGGACCUAUGAGCAAACCGGACGACCAUUGCAUCACUUCUCAGCUUGAUGAGCUCCUGUGCCCUCCCACCACCCCGGAGGGGCGAAACGACGAGAAGGCUCUUCUCGAGCAGCUGGUGUCCUUCCUGAGCGGCAAAGACGAGAACGAGCUGGCAGAGCUGGACCGAGCGCUUGGCAUCGACAAACUGGUCCAGGGAGGCGGCCUGGAAGCGCUGACGGAGAGGUUCCAGCCCCAGCAAGCCACACCGCCGCCUCUCAUGAUGGACCAGAAGCCGGGCAUGUACCCACAAGCUUACCCCUCCGCUUCCCCCACCACCAACCUCCCCGGCCCUUUCCCCGGCAUGGUCCGGCAGAAGCAGUCCUUUGGGUCGAUGCCGGUCCAGGUGCCGCCGCCCCGUGGGGCUUACCCCACCAACAUGGGGAUGCAGCCGCGGCAGGCGCUCAGCAGGCCUCCGACAGCACCCAACCAGCUGCGACUGCAGCUGCAGCAGCGGCUCCAGGGGCAGCAGCAGCUGAUACACCAAAAUCGGCAGGCUAUCCUGAACCAGUUUGCGGUGAACUCUGCAGGCGGCAUCGGCAUGAGGACAGGAAUGCAGCAGCAGAUGGCGCCACAGCCGCCCCUGAACGCUCAGAUGCUGGCCCAGCGCCAGAGGGAACUGUACAGCCAGCAGCACCGCCAGAGGCAGCUGAUGCAGCAACGAGCCAUGCUGAUGAGGCAGCAGCAGAGCUUCGCGGGCAACCUCCCCCCCUCGGCCGGGGUCCCCGUGCCGCUGGGGGCCGGGCGCCUCCCCCAGGCUCCCCCCCAGCAGUUCCCCUUCCCCCCCAACUACGGUACGAGCCCAGGAAACCCCCCGACCUCCACCAGCCCUUUCUCGCAGCUGGCGUCCAACCCCGAGGCGGCGCUGGCCAGUCGCAACAGCAUGGUGAACCGGGGGAUGAUGGCAGGAGUCGGAGGAGGGCAGUUCGGCCCUGGCAUGAACCCUCAGAUGCAGCAGAACAUCUUCCAGUAUUCGGGAUCAGGAAUGAACCAGCAAGGGGAGGCAGCAGUUGCCCUGUCGCUCAGCCCCAGCAGCCCCUUGAUGUCGCCGCAGAUCCCUCCUUCUCAGAGCCCCAUGCUCCAGUCGGCUCCGCCAACGCCUGGGUACCAGUCACCCGAUAUGAAGACCUGGCAGCAAGGACCCAUGGGGGGUAACAAUGUCUUUGGCCAAGCUGGGCAGACCCAGCCUCCGCCAGCCCAGCAGGGAAUGUACAACAACAUGAGCAUCACUGUCUCCAUGGCCGGCGGGAACGCCAACGUCCAGAAUAUGAACCCAAUGGCUGGGCAGAUGCCCAUGAGCCAGCUGCAGGUGCAAGGCAUGAACCAGCUGUGCUCCGAGCAGGUAAACGACCAGGCUCUCAGACCCACAGGUCUCUACUGCAACCAGCUCUCUUCUGACCUUUUGAAAACAGAAGCAGAUGGAGCACAGGAGUGCUUUUUUCACAUUGAAGAGGCUUUUCAGAGUUCUACUGUGGCUUAAAAACAAUACAAAUGAAUGGUAAAGCUAUCAGGUAAGAGCUUCGCCAUCCUGCUAGCUUCAAACAAGGGUUUACUGAGCUUGCUUGCCCACUGGAAACCGUGGUUAGUCAGUCUGUCUCCUGGGAGCCAGUUUGGAUCCCAUUUAGGGGUUCUGCAGUCGCAGGGUGAUAGCAGAACCAAUUCAACCAACAUGAAAUAGCAGUAGAUCUGACUUCCUUGGAGAUUCACCCAAGUGCCCUCUGUUUCCUGGGGCCCACAGUCAGACAAUCUACUUGCAAUCAGUUCAGAAACACGGAGGGCAUUUACUGGAAUUUUAAGGGCAGCAAUGGCUCUCGAUCACAGGUGGCUAACCUUUGGGAGGGGAAAAGGCUGAAUUUGACUCAUGGUCAACCCUUAAGAGAGGCACACAUCAAAACGGCCAGUGGGUGUGGACAAAAUAUAAAAGUGAAUAUAGUCAAAAAGACACAUUUUGAAGUCUGGGGCAUCAGAAAAACUGUUUAGCACCAUAGCAGGGAACCUUCAGGACUGGUCAGUAAAAAAAUAACACCUUUUGCAUGGGCGUAGCCAGGAUUUUUGUUGGGGGGGCAGGUUUUUGUUAGGGGGGCAGAACCUCAGAUUUGUAUUGGUUUAGGGGGGCAGCUCCCCCCCCCCGGCUACACCCAUGCACUUUUCUUAAAAGUUGACACAUUUGUGGAUCGGGGGCUACUUUUGGCAUCACAGUAUCUCAAUGAGGAACCUAUGGGAACGGUCAGUUACUAUUUUUAAACCAUUUAAAAAUUAUUUUAUUUAAAAAUGAGGGCCUUGAGAGGUAGAACCUCUUCGGGCAUCACUGCAGGAAAGCCAUAAGAGCAGUAAAAAAAAAAUGUAUCAAAUUGGAUGGGUGAUGUUGGUGAGGCACAAUAAAACUCUUGCUUAGCCCCCCUUCCCCUCCCAAUGGUCUUCUCAGCUGUUCUCAACCUGUGGGUCCCCAGAUGUUGUUGGACUACAACUCCCAUCAUCCCUGAGCUCUGGCCUUGCUAGCUAGGGGUGAUGGGAGUUGUAGUUCAACAACAUCUGGAGACCCACAGGUUGAGAAAGGCUGCUCUAGAUCAAGGAGGAAUUCAAGGUUACAGAAACGACUCCUUGGCCCACAAAACUGCUCUAUAUCCCGUAAAUUGAGGGAAGUGUAGCAUUUCGAGUCUGUUCUUUACCCUUCUCCAUACGCUCUUCUCUCAAGUUUAUUUUUACCCAGAGAUUUGGCACUCCAGAGCCAGAUGAAAACAUUCACUUUGACUUUGAACCGAACUCCCGACUGUGGCUCUUCACCUUUUCUUGCAGCAAAAGCAGUUUUUUCGCCCACUGGGGCCCUCAAGCAAGGAACGUGCUGACUCUGGAGCAGAGGGGCGACUUAAAUAGAACGGGGCAAUAUUUCUGUGUGUCUGGAGGCAGUUUUGUGUCCCUAGGCAUUCGUGGGAGGGGGAAUGGAAGGUGAUGGAUGGGGCACAGGAAUGAAGAUCUGGCGUGGGGUGGGGGCCUCAGAGUGGACACUGACCAGAGGGACAGAUGAAACGUGGGCAUCGGGGAUAGACGUUUUGAGGCACCUGUCCACGUACUACAUCAUUCUGGGACAAUGUGGAUUGCCGUUAUGAAAGACGCUUUCGGCGUGUGGGUUAUCCGAUUCUGUACUUACUAGAACUUACAUUACUAAAACUGCCAGCAGAUGCUGGGAAAACCCAAGGCAGCAGAAGCAGAGGAAAAUUCAAAGGGCAAAGGGGCGUUGGGGGAAAUAUUCUGAGACUUGGUGUUCAGCCCCUCUUGCUUCCAGGUGCCAUUCGUGACAGAGACCUGCCUUUUGCCCCGGAGCCACGGGAGAGAAUCUGCAACUUCAAGGAAAGGCUCGCAGCGGGAGGUGGUGCCCCAUUAUUCUUGACCGCUGGGAGAGAGUUUGCGAAAAGGGGGUCCGGAUCAAAACGUAAAGCCAGUCUUCUCCCAAGCUGGUGCCCUCCAGAUCCGCUUUGGGCUACGACUCCUUUGAUUGUGCCCAAUAGGGCUGAUUAUUAUUUAUUAAACUUAGAUCUCAGGGCAGUUCACAACAAUAGAAUCGCAAUACAGAAAACGCAAAAUGCAAACAUGGAUGAUGGGAGGUGCAGCCCAAAGCAUCUGGGAGGGGACGGCCAGUUGGGAAAGGCAGAGAAAAUUGACCUCCUGGGCUGCCCAGGGCCUGGUGGUUUGGAUUCCUUCCUGUUGCAGCCCUGCUCUGCCAGUGGUGUUUGGAAACUCGGGGUUGCCCCGGCUUAACCUUUGACGCGAGAACUUCUUCUGAGCUCCGAUCCAAAUGAGUGCAGCGGUUUUCUUU